AUGGAGAAGUCGAAGGAUGUCGAGGCCGGCAAGGGCCCAUCAUCGAUUCCUCAUUGGCGCUUGGUAAUAGACCAAGGUCUUAUCACUGAUGAAGUUAUAAACUGGAACUACCCAGGUUCUGGAACUGAUGAAGAUCCUUAUGUGGUUAACUGGAUCACCAACGACCCUCGCAACCCAAUGUUGUUUUCGAAGGUCAAGAAAUGGGGCCUCACCGCGCUGGUAGCCAUUGCCACACUCGCAGUCGCCUUCGUCUCUUCCGCAUACUCGGGCGGUGUCAGACAGAUCCUUACCGAGUUUGGUGCUUCCCAAGAAGUUGGUAUCUUGGGUGUUUCCCUCUUCGUCUUGGGUUUCGCCAUCGGUCCACUCCUCUGGGCGCCUCUUUCUGAACUGUUCGGUCGUCAAGUGUUGUUCAUCACUACAUAUGGUGGUCUGACUGCUUUCAACGCUGGAGCUGCCGGGUCCAAUUCUAUGGCCACCCUGAUUGUUCUUCGAUUUUUCGCUGGUGCCAUUGGUUCCUCUCCCCUAACCAAUGCCGGUGGAUGUAUAGCGGACAUGUUCGCGGCCGACGAGAGAGGUCUUGCCAUGACUCUGUUCGCCGCAGCACCUUUCAUGGGACCCGUUCUCGGACCUAUCGUUGGAGGCUUUGUUGGUGAGACCAUUGGAUGGAGAUGGGUCGAGGGUGUUAUGGCAAUNCUUCGUGCCGCGAAGAUGUCCAAGAUGACCGGCAAGGUCUACCGCAGCAAGGGUGAUGUCGACCAAGGCCCCACAACCUUCGGCAAAGUUUUCAAGACUGCUCUCUCGCGCCCCUGGAUUCUGCUCUUCCGCGAACCCAUUGUGCUCCUCCUGUCUAUCUACAUGGCCAUUAUCUACGGAACACUCUACAUGUUGUUCUCAGCCUUCCCUAUCGUGUACCAACAGAACCGUGGCUGGAGUCAAGGUAUCGGCGGUCUGGCGUUCCUUGGUGUUGCUGUGGGUAUGAUUAUGGCCGUCAUCUACUCUGUCUGGGAUAACAAGCGUUAUGUCAAAGUCUCCAAGGAGAACGACGGCUUUGCCCCUCCUGAGGCUCGUCUCCCGCCCUGCAUCCUGGGUGGUAUCUGCUUGCCCAUCGGACUUUUCUGGUUUGCAUGGACCAAUUCGCCUUCAAUUCACUUCAUGGUUUCGAUCGCUGCUGGCGUACCAUUCGGGUUCGGCAUGGUGUUGGUCUUCCUGGUAAGUGCACAUUUGUCAGUUAUGCUUGUGGAAACAGCACUAACUGCCUUUAAANNGAGUAUUAUGAACUUUUUGAUCGACUCUUACACCAUCUUCGCUGCAUCUGUACUGGCAGCCAACUCCGUCCUGCGUUCGCUCUUCGGUGCCGCCUUNCCCCUUUUCACCACCCAGAUGUACGGCAACCUCGGCAUUCACUGGGCAUCGACUAUUCCUGCCUUCCUCGCUCUCGUAUGUGUGCCCAUGCCGUUCCUUUUCUACAAGUUCGGACCCAGAAUUCGCGAGAAUUGCAAGUAUGCCAAACAAUCUAUGGAGUUCAUGCGAAACCUGCAGAAGCAGAUGGCAGGAGGCGAGAGCAAGGAGGAAGAGCAGAACGAAGAACAAGAGGCCUUCGACUACUCAUACGAAGAUGAGUCGCAUGGUGAUGCCGAGACUCCCAAGUUCGAAGAGAUCAAGACCGGAAACGACAGCCAAGGACUUGGUGGUGCCAGACUAUCUCGCACCUCUACCUAUGAGCACUCGCCUUACGACAUCGAUCGCGUCAACACACGAGAGUCAUUCUCCAACUCCAGGUCUCGAGCUUCGAGUAUCCGUCGCGGCGCUUAG